AUGCUCACCCACCUCCACUAUGGAAUACGCGCGCUAACCUACCUAACCUACCUCCCCUCCCGCCCCCUCAAGCGCUGGUUCUACCGCUCCGACCUCUCUGCAGCCUACCACCUCAUCUCCACCGCCUCCAUCUACAUCACCCUCUGGCUCAACGCCUACAUCCUCAUCCGCGCCACCGGCCUGCGCGCGCACCUCUGCAGGCUCCGAGAGCACGAGAGCUGCGAGCGUAUCGGCCGCAUCAACCGCCUCCUCCUCGACGCCUACCUCGGCGGGUUCUUCCUGCUACCCAACCUCUGCGGCCCCAUCUACGUGUGCUGGUGGCUGAACCCGCACGACCGGCAGCUCGACGAGCUCGCACACCUUUAUGGCUUCUGGAUCGGGGUCGUUGAGGCGCUUGAGGGAGUUUCUGCUCGCGGCGCCGAGAACGAUUUGCGACGGGAUCGACCGCAAGGUCCUACGGUCAGAGAGUAA